AUGGACAACGUCCUAAAUCGUGUCAGCGUCAGCAUUGGCGCCCUCGAGCUUCGUUCUAUCCGCACACUCGAUGUUACCGUCGUCUCCUUGACUGUGUGGGCUCUAUUCAGGUUCAUCAAGGCAACUCGAGCGCAAGGAGUCACGACCACACGAUUGAGGGGACCUCCAAAUGAAAGUUUAGUUUUUGGUAAUGGACGGGUAUUGGACAAAUCACCAGAUUCUGGACAAAUCUAUGAGGACUGGGCUGAGGAGUAUGGUGUGGCCUACAGGGUUCCCUCAACAUUGGGGAAGUCACGCAUAGUCCUGUGUGAUCCUAAAGCGAUAUCGCAUUAUUAUCCGAGGGAGACGUCCGUUUAUAUCCUCACGCCCGUCAGCAGAAUUGCGAUUGAAAUACUAGCUGGCAAAGGUCUGUUGUGGUCUCAUGGCGAAAGCCAUAAAAGACAACGAAAGUCCUUAACACUCGGGUUUAGCAAUACUGCUAUUCGAAAGCUUACAUCAGUUUUUUUUGACUCGGCAUACAAGGCCAAAACUGCAUGGGACGCUAUAUUAGAGUCAAAUCCAGGUGGUAGCACAGUGAUUGACGUACAAAACUGGAUUGACACCAUUGGGAUCGCAGGGUUUUCACAUGACUUUGGAUCUUUGGAGGGAAAGCGUUCUGCCGUUGUUGACGCUUUCGAGGAACUAAACUCCGCCAAACCGUCAACCUUGUCCACUUUCUUUUUCUUGCUCGCUCCUAUGUUCCCUUGGUUAAUCAAGCUGCCCAACUCGCGCGGCAUGAUCGUGCGCAAGCUCAAUCGUGCCAUAGGCGAGAUAUCAAAAGUACUCUUGGAGCAUUCUCGGCAAGAUAUGCAGGGCGGUGCCAGUGAAAGCGACCAAGACAAAUCGAUCAUCGGAUUGCUGAUUAAAUCCGAGGAUGAAAAUUCCGCUUUACACGUAACUCCAGAAGAGGUCAUGGCUCAGAUGAAGCUUUUACUUAUUGCUGGCUAUGAAACUACUUCGAGUACGUCCACUCUCAAUUUAUUUGACUAUUCCUGUCUAAAUAUGAUUAUCUAUCAAGUCAGUUUGACGUGGGCUCUGAUUGAAUUAUCGUAUAAUAAAGAAGCGCAAAGGCGGCUGAGAGAAGAACUACAACAGUUUUCUACGGACGACCCGAACUGGGAACAACUAAAUAACGGACUGCCCUACCUGGAUGGGGUAGUGCACGAAACGCUUCGUCUUCAUCCUCCAAUUUCCCAGUCGACACGCCUUGUAGCUGAAGAUGACGUGAUCCCACUCAGCGUUCCUGUUCAAACUGCCUCUGGCGAAGUUGUCGACCAUCUUACUAUUGCCAAAGGUACAAUUCUCACGAUUCCUAUUCGAUGCGUCAAUCGUUCGGUUGAUUUCUGGGGCCCCGACGCGAAAGAGUUCAAUCCUGACCGGUGGCUCGAUGAUGGCGGGAUAUCGGGCAAGGCAAAGGAUCUUCAAGGUCAUCGUCAUUUGCUCACGUUCGCAGAUGGACCACGGACAUGUCUUGGGAAGGGAUUCGCAUUAACAGAAUUCAAGGCUGUUUUGUCCGUGCUUAUAAGAAGCUUUGCAUUUGAGCUACGUGACGGACCUGAUACAAAAAUUGAGCGCGCCAAGGGUCUGUCACCCCGUCCGAGAGUCGCUGGGGAACAGGGAUGCCGGGUGCCACUUCUCGUUCGACAAGUAGAGUAG